UAAUACACAUUAACUUAAAAUUAUGUUCAAGCACAAUCUCAGGUUUCGAAUGAAUAGAAAACCUUAAACCUGUUCUGACACUUUAACAGUGAACAGAGUUGGAACUCUGACAGUUUCAUUUCUCGACAAACAUACCUGCUGAUACAAAAAAACAAAACAAACAAAAAAACAACCUGGACAAACAACUUCCGAGCCUUCAUAAGCAGCAGAACCUCAGUGCACCACAAAGCAGCUCCACAGCCGAGACCAACACCGACAACAGACCAGACAGAGCAGAAGGAAAACAUGGAUCCUGUGACGGGAACAAUCGUCGGAGCAGCUUGUGCAGCGGGUGCGUUGGCUGCAGCACCAGUCGUCCUGUCAGCCGCAGGUUUCACCGCAGCUGGAGUCGCAGCCGGAUCUGUCGGUGCAAAAUUGAUGUCGGUAGCAGCGUUGGCCAACGGAGGUGGCGUGGUAGCAGGGAGUACAGUGGCCGUCCUGCAGUCAGUCGGUGCCGCCGGAGUCUCAGCGACCACCUCUGCAGCUGUAGCCGGUGCUGGUGCUUUAAUGGGAUGGUUGUCCUCAGAAGGUGGAAACUAAAGGUUUUUCUCCAUGAAAUGAAAAACAAACAAGAGGAAUUAUUGAAUUUUUCAUGAAAAUGAAACAGGGGCUGAGAACUGAUUGGGUUGACGAGUAUGUAACAACAUUUUUUUUUAGGAAUUUUUGUGAAACACGUCAUCUCUGUGUUUAAAAUAACUGAGUUCAUGAAACUGAUGUUGUCUUCAUUAUAGACACUAAUAUAAACCAGGCAGAACAUGUGAUUGUCCAUCAUAUUAGGGUGAAUUAAAGGAGAAUCUGUUUUGUCUUUAUUUUA